AUGAGAGUGCUCGAGUACGACCUCACACGGUCUGGUGUCUUCGCCGGGCAACCCGCAGCACGCAGCACGGUUCACUCACAGACGCCGGCGGUGAUCUCGGCAAUCGGCCGCGCUUGUGGCUGCUGCCGCCCGACCUGCAUAUCGAUUUCGAUUAUUUUCUUGCGGUCUACAUCACUGCAGAAUACACUCGACGCUGCGAUGGGUUCAAGCGCAAGAGCAAGCAGAAUCAAGAAGAACAAUUCCGCGCUGAAGAAGCGGGUAUUUGGACCCGUUGAGCAGGCACGAAAUGAGCGACUUUCCGCAAAGCUGCUCGCACUGGCAAAAGCACCCAAGGACGAGAAGAUGGACAUAGAGCAGGAAGAUGAACAUUAUGCUGACGCAAUUGCCGAAGCAGGCGCAAAGGAGAUGGCGAAGGAGAAUGAGGCAGCGGCGGAAGACGUCGAAAUGGAUGCUCCCACGAAAAAGACUCGAAGCAAACGAGAGGUUAAGCGCUUGCAAGAAGCAAGAGCACAACGACAAGAGAAGAAGUCACGCAAGCGCGCACGUAACCAGGUCGCGAAUUCGGAUUUUCCGAGCGCACAACAUGGCAGCCAUAAGGUCCAGGGGCUCUUUUCUACGCUGAAAGGCGCAUGGAUGGAAGAAAUGGUCAGCCUGUGGAAAACAGGACAUGCAAUCCGCCUGCUGGGCUUGGUUGAAGAGCAAAUUCACGUUGGGAUGCAGGAAACAAAUGAAAUGGGAUCUUGCAGAGGCACAAUGUCAAAGAGUCAUAUCCAUAAACGGCCUGGGUUCCAUUUCCAUCACGCUACUUUUCUGAAAAAGUAUUAUGCGCCGAUUCAGACAUUACAUGCAUGUACAACUAAGUGUGUAAUAGUAAAAGGACGGAUCAUGUUUUGCCUUUCCUGUGCUUUCAUGUAUGGUCCAAAAACAAUCCUUGUCCUUGGGUAUCAUGAUACUGGGGUAUGGGUAUCAACACUUUCUUCUCCCAUCGCGUUAAAGAGUCAAAAGAAGAACUGGACAUGUCCCUCAUGCCCAAAGGUGUAGAGUAUGCGUGCCAAUAGAAAAUCAUAACAUUUCCGUCCGCGUCGUUAGCGCCAUUGUGUUCAUGUGCAGUAAGUAGUGUGCAUCAUAUGUUCUUGUCGACUUUGUUCUGCAUUCUUGCCAGAACUUCUCGGUGACGGUCGUGCAUUCCACCCAUUCUCAUAUGGACAUCGAUCUGUUUCUGCAUCUCUUUUUUGCGCUGCUCUCGAGCUUUGGUCUCUGCUUCGCUCUGCAUUCUUGCUGCUCGCAACAUAUCCAUUUGUGAAUCAGCAUGGUUGUAUGAAUUCCUCGAGCUCGUUGCAAUGGCGUUGCUAGAUAGCCAAGCACUCCAGUUCAUGGCUUGCUUGUUCGCGUUGUGUGACGUUCGUCGGGGCUGGUGAGAAUCGUAAAUUGGUUGCUGAGUUCCUGAGGAAGAAAUUCGAGCAGGUUUGGGAGCCGGAAUUGUGCUCGAACCGGGAAUUGCGUUGACCAGAGGCGCUGGCACCAUCGAGUUGCGAAGGGUUUGCGCUGACAUGC